ACUAGAGGGGACAUGAGGCUAUCAGGGCUCAGAGAGAGAGAGAGAGUCCCAGUGGAGAGCUGCUGGAUUUCAGAGACCAGGACCAGGACCAGAACCAGAGCGGAAUGGAGGAGGAGCAGCAGAAGCCGGAGCAGCGGAGCAACAAGGUCCCCAGAAGAGCAGCAGCAGGCUCGGCCUCUGAUAGCAGCGGUGUUCAGAAACGGAGAAGAAGAGGGGGACUUGGACAUCACAGCUGUCAGCACUGUGGCAAGUCCUUCACAACAUCUGGACAUUUAAAGAUUCAUCAGAGAGUUCACACUGGAGAGAAACCGUACAGCUGUGAACAAUGUGGGGCAGAUUUCACAGUGUUGAGUAGUCUUAAAGUCCACCAACGCAUUCACACUGGAGAGAAACCAUACAGCUGUGAACAAUGCGGGGCAGAUUUCACAAGGUUGAGUAGUCUUAAAGUCCACCAACGCAUUCACACUGGAGAGAAACCAUACAGCUGUGAACAAUGCGGAGCAGCAUUCUCACUGUUAUCUAGCUUAAACUCCCACCGACAUGUUCACACUGGAGAGAAGCCUUUCUGGUGUGAACAAUGUGGGAAAACUUUUUCUCAGAGUGGUCACCUUAAAAUACACCAACGCAUUCACACUGGAGAGAAACCAUACAGCUGUGAACAAUGCGGAGCAGCAUUCUCACUGUUAUCUAGCUUAAACUCCCACCGACAUGUUCACACUGGAGAGAAGCCUUUCUGGUGUGAACAAUGUGGGAAAACUUUUUCUCAGGGUGGUAGCCUUAAAAUACACCAACGCAUUCACACUGCCUCCUCCUGAACAUUGUCUAAAGUCAAGCUGUUGUUAGAGUGGAGAGAGGGAACAAAGUAGCCGAGGAACAGGACCACUGCAGGCACUAACCUGCUUGAUACAUAUGGAAGAAGAACAAAGUGGGGAAUUUGUCAGAGCACAUAACAUUGGGUAAAAGAGCAUGUAAAGAUGACAAGUGAAAAUCAGUGCUGUGAAGAACACGAUGAGUGUAACAUAACAGUUGUUUUUCAAGGAAUCAGAUUAUGAGAUAUUCAUGAUUGAAGCUUGUAGAAGAAAAUAAUUUCCCAGUUUUAGUCUCAUUUUAUCCUAAUAUACUCUUUCUGUUCACUGAUUAAGUUGAUCAUAUUUUACCUGAUUUUUUAAAAACAUUUUAAUCUUGUG